CAUCCAUUCAGCUCAUACGGCUGAAAUGUCUUAGCUACUGCUUAUCAGAUGAAAGCUUCUCCUGCAUGGCAUCCUCAAAGAUCUUGCAUGCAAAGCUGCCUUGCAGUCGGCAGAGCCUGUCCCGUCCGUUCUCACCUUUCAUCUGAAUCGCGGCCUGGACGCCCAUCAACCUGAGAUGCCAGCAAUCCGCUCGCGGAGAAUAUCUUCGGCACCAUCGGCAAGCUGCCAUGUCAUGCACUGUCGGAAGAGGCACCAUUUGCUGGACGGUACAAUUGAUCCCACAAAUCUGGAAAAGCUGGCGUACCAAGUCUAUCGAAGGCCUCUCGGAAUACCUCCCACUCUUCUGGGGAGUAGCGAGUGCACCUCUAGGCGUGUAUGCCAUUGUGCAGGACCUUAACAUCCCAUUAAUUCUGCAACCUCAACUAUUUGGUGCUCUAUGCUUCGCUCCAUGGCUCCAGUGCCAAUACUAUGGCCGCAAGCGCUCCUUGAGAACUUGCUUAUUACUAUAUGCCGCCUGUACGAUAACGAUGGUCGGCUUCGAGUUGGGUAUGGUCUAUGCUGUGAGGCCUUCCUAUAGAAAGGGAAAUACGCGCGGAGUUGAGUUCUUCGGCAUCCUGAGCUCCAUUAUGAUCUCUCUUGCUCUUCUGCCCCAAUACUACGAGAUAUACCAACUACGGGAAGUCAUAGGAAUUUCAAUACCCUUCAUGACCAUCGACAUGCUAGGCGAGGUCUUCAGCAAUCUUUCUCUUGCAUUCAAAUCGAGUUUCGACGUUGUCGCUGGUGUUACAUAUUCCAUCGUAUUCACAUGGCUGCAGGUUAUGGACGGCUUAAUCAUUCUCCUGGCGCUCAUUUUGAAUCCUCUUGCGCGCAGACGUGCAGCCUUAAACGUUUCAAAUGGCGAGCAUGACGAGCAACCUAACUCUGCGGGCGUUGAUUUGGCAUCAUGCACUACUGCGUAUGUUCCCUGA